AUGUCUUCUGAAGAUGGUAGCAAGUCACCAAGCUUUAAAGUGCUUUUGUAUAUGUGGGGAGGCUCCCAAUUAUACAAGAAGAGGUUCGUGGCUAAUCUGCAUCGCGUUAUAACUGAAGCUGAGUUCCAAAAGUGGCGAGCCGCUUAUGCUUCUGCCAUUCCUAAUAACGUGCAUGUCAAGCUGGUGAAGCCUUUGACUGAUGACAUGCGUUGCGUGGAUGCGAAUGAUCUAGAUGCUAGGAUCAUCACCUUCGGUCCUUUUUAUUUUUCCUUGGGCUUCACAUUCCCGCUGUCAAAUCUAAGCCGCAUCUUCAAGUUGGAUAUGACGGUACGAGAGUUCUUCUACUUCUUCGAAGUGAGGCACUAUGAGAAAUAUGCUCAAGUUCGCAUCUGCCAUGCCAAGAUGUUUAACAAUCUUAGUCAAGGAGAUCAUGUAUGGCACGAUGAUGUGUUUGAAGUCAGCGGAUGGUGGGAAGGCGAUGUUAGCAAUGGUUUACUUGUUCCCAUCACCUACUGCAACGUAAAUGACAUAUGCAAGAAGUUGGAACUUGGGCCGGACAUGGCUAGGGCUGGCCAAGCUUUGAACAUCUCCCUCGAAGUUUUGCGAGUGGCGCUAGUUGUUGAGCGAGUAUCUAGAGGAAGUCGGUUUGAUGUCAAGUCCUCAAGGGAUGAAGCUGCUUCUUCGCAGGAGAAAAAUGUGUCUCCGUUGAGGAAGAAGCAGCCAAAGCUCCCUUCUACUGAGAAGAAACAAGUAGGAAUUGUUCCCUUGUCAUCUACUAGGGUUAAACAUCUUGUUCGUGUAGAUAGCAAGAAGAUUGGCUGUACACGCAACCCUCAGGAUGUUCCGCUCAACCCUCCUGCUGACAAGCUUGGAGAUUGUGAUCUGCUCCACAAAAUGGUCCAUGAGCGAUCUAGCUCAAUUGUUGAGAGGCAAAGAGAUGUAGAUAUUCCUCUUCGAAGUUUGGGUCGUCUGCACCAGUCAAAAGACGGAGGUAAAACUGGGAGGUCUGUUCAUCCACCAAAUGAUCCAGUUGUUGAGUCACGAGCAGUCAAGCGUGGAGUUGAUUUAACGUCCUUAACUCCUUUGGAGGUGAGGUUGGCGCGCAAGUUGGAGAAGAAGAAUGCUGAAUUGACGAUGAUAUCUAAAUUGAAGAGUUCUCUUGCUGAGAAGGAUUCUGAGCUUAACUCUUUUGCUACAGACUUGGUCAGUAGAAAAGAUGCUUACUUCCGUCUUGAGCACAAAAAUGCUGACAUCUCCCUCAGUUAUGACAAGCUCCUAGCUAGAUUUCCUGCCAUCAUAGAUGCAUAA